AUGUCUCAUCUUAAAUAUAUGAAAGAAAUAAACAAUUUAACUCGUAUGGACGAAAAUAUUAAGGGCCCACUUCCACGCUGGCAAAAGAAAUGUUUAGAAACAUCAAAUUCGAGUAUCAAUCUUAGUAUUAAUGCAUCGCGAAAAAUUACAAAUGGAUCAUUUGUAAAUACCACUGCAGGGAAAACACCUACGAAAAAGAGUGAUACUCGAACUAAAAAAACACCUUCAAAAGGUUCUAAGAAGUCCCCAAGUAUGACUUCUACACCAGCUAAAACACCUAGUGGUGGUGAUAGAUUUAUUCCUUCAAGAUCAACUACUAAUUUUGAUCUUGGUUAUUAUAAGAUUCAGCAACAAGCAAAUGUAGAAAAAGAUGAAGAAAAAAUUGACAAUGCAAGUCCUUCUAAAAGGGAAAUGCAGCGACUUAUAGCAGAAAAUUUACAUGGUGGUGAUAUUAAUAACAUGAGAGUUUUAUCAUAUCAAAACAAAGCUCCAGCUCCACCAGAAGGUUAUCAAAAUCCAUUACGUGUUGUGUACAGUCAAAGUAAGACACCAGCUAGUGUGAAAGCUUCUACAAGAUAUAUUCCACAAACUCCUGAUAGAAUAUUGGAUGCUCCAGAAAUUAUUGAUGAUUAUUAUUUGAAUUUGAUUGAUUGGUCAGAGAGUAAUAUUUUAGCUGUAGCAUUAGGUGCUAAUGUAUAUUUGUGGAAUGCUGCAACAGGGACAAUAGAACAAUUAUUACAAUUAGAAGGAAAUGACUAUGUUUGCUCUGUUGCAUGGAUUCAAGAAGGUCCUUAUUUAGCUGUAGGCACUACAGUUGGAAAUACAGAAUUGUGGGAUUGCAGUCAAACAAAAAGGGUACGUGUAAUGAAUGGUCAUGCAGCUAGAGUUGGGUCUCUUUCUUGGAACUCACAUGUUUUGACAAGUGGAUGCAGAGCAGGACAAAUAGUACAUCAUGAUGUUAGACAAAGGGACCACCUGAUAUCAACAAUUAACGCACAUGCCCAAGAAGUAUGUGGUUUAAAGUGGUCACCUGAUGGAAAAUAUUUAGCAAGUGGUGGUAAUGAUAAUAUGCUUCAAAUAUGGCCAUCAAUACCUGGACAGAGUUAUGCACAAACUGAACCAAUUUAUUCAUUAAAUCAACAUCAGGCUGCUGUAAAAGCACUUGCAUGGUGUCCAUGGCAGAACAAUAUUCUUGCCAGCGGAGGUGGUACUGCCGAUAGAACUAUUCGAUUUUGGAAUUGUAAUACAGGUGGGUGUUUAAAUACGGUAGAUACGAAGUCACAGGUAUGUUCUUUGCUUUGGUCUACAACGUAUAAAGAGAUCGUAUCCGGUCAUGGAUAUGCACAAAAUCAGUUAACAAUUUGGAAAUAUCCCGUAAUGACGAAAGUUGCAGAACUUACAGGACAUUCUAGUCGAGUUUUACACUUAGCAAUGUCUCCUGAUGGCACUACAAUACUUAGUGCAGGAGCUGAUGAAACUUUAAGACUAUGGAAAUGUUUCCAAUCUGAUCCGCAUAAAAAGAAGGAGAGUCAUGAAAUAAAGUCUGUCGCUACUAGACUCAAACAAUCGAUUCGAUAA